AUGAGUCCCACGAUUUCUUUACACAAAUUGGUUAAGGUCCUGGCUUCCAAGAAGACUUCUCCGAAAGUCUUUGGCAGCCUUCUAAAGCAAUUGCUCAGCACCACCGAAGUAUCAGACAAUGAAAUGGUGGAGUCUUUGAUUGAGAUUCCAAAAGGUUCAGAUCCGGUCCAGCAGAAAUAUCUCGUGGAUUAUGCAGUGGAAUUUGCCUGUGGCAGUAUCUCAGAUCUCCAGAGGUUCAUGUCGCUUCUUGUGCAAGCCUCUGUAGAAUCUCAACGAACAUACGUAGUGUUCUUCAAGAAUAGCUAUUCUCGGGUAUUCAGGCUGAAUGCCUUGAAGGAAUUCAUUCAGUCUGGAUAUAUCCCGUAUACUGUUAGAUUUAUGAGUAAUCUUGCUGAAGUUGUGGAAUUGGAUAGUAUUCAAAAAAGCACUUUGACUCAUAUUCUUUUCUUAUGGGGAGAUAUCAUAGAUAACCAUUCAGAGAUGAUUCCUUCGGGUCCAUUCAAGGAAAUGGCCAUUUCGGUAAUGAGCAAUUUAGUGAAGUUUGGCUACGACAGUUUGUCCGGCUAUUUCACCAAGAAAGCAAAUGUACUAAUGACUACUGCUGAUUUGAAUAAAGAGUUGCAACCGGGUGUACCAUUGGUUCCACUAGGAGCAGAAAACAACGAAAAAUUGACCAUGUCUAUGGUACAGAAAUCAUUUUCUGUAAACUGGCACUCUAAGAAGGCUGCUACUUAUCUUAUUAUCAAAAAGUUUAUGUGGUUGAACACACAAUUCGAGCAAUGGCAGAUCCAUAACUUGGUGGAUGACUACUUGCAAUUUUUCGGCAUUUCAACUCAUAAGUUGAGUGAACUAGUCGAUGAGAUUGUAUCAGCUUUUUUUGGGGGUAUCACUAUUGCUAUACUGCUGAAAGAAAUGCCAUAUGUGAUUUUCAACUGGCGUAACUUUAUUGUAAGCACAUUACCAAUCUUUCUCAAGAAUUCGAGACAUAUACACUCAGCCAUAUCAUCUGAGAAUCUCGGGGAGCUCUUGUGUGAUGCUGUUGUGAAAAGAAAGGAUACUGCCAUAACACAAAUGGCGGUAGGAGAUAAACCUUAUGACUUGCGCAAACAUUUUUUGCGUAAUUGUAUCUACCAAAAGAUCAUUACUUUAGAAGAGUUCACCAAAUUGUUUCCUGAAGAGGCGGACGCGCUAUCUCUGUCGCUUAUUAUUCAUGAAACCGAGCAAUUGAGCCACCUUGACAGCUUGACAAGUGAAUUGAACAACAAGUUAUUGGAGGUCAAUACUGAAUUCACUUCUUUGGAAGAAAGCAGACUCAUUGAGUAUUUCCAGUCACUUCCCAAGACUAACAUUCUCUUUCUGGAAAAAAAGCAGAAGCAAUUGAACAAGCUUGCUCACAAAGCCGUGGACGCUCUCGUCAAAGACAAAAGUAGUGAGAAACUAGGGCGAUUAUUGAUUGCCAUGGCCAACACACCAACCGUUUCGAAUAUAAUCUUCUUUCAAGACCCGCUCGGACCGUGGGGACUCUUAAACAAGUUGAUUUUAUAUUUGGAUCAAGAAAGCUUCCGUGUGGACGAAGACGACAGCAAUUUUCAAGACACUUAUGCGUAUUUUGGUGUGAUACUUUCGGGAAUAAUUGCUAUAGUCGUUCAUUUCAACAUUGACUUUAAGCUGGCUGAGGUAAAGGACUCGUACACUAUCAAUUUCAUUACCAGGUUCUUUUAUAGACACUGUGAAGACCUUACUGCCAAAGUAGUUGGAUCAGACGAAGAUGACUCCACCAUUGUGGCCAACUACAACACGCUUUUGCAAGAUUGGGUUAAUGCGUUGUUCGAUGUAAACAACGAGGGUUUAUCUGACGAUUUGAUUAAGUCCAUUAAUGUCAAACAGACGUAUAAGCUCAUUACCAUCAUUUUUCAGCAGGCCAUCACAGCUAAUAUUUUGGGCACCUUGAGUACCAGCGGAUUGAAUAAUGGGUUAGACUACUUGAGUCAGAACUUUUUGGCACCAUGUUCAUUGGAAAUUAUGGAGUGGAUUCUCAGUGGAAUUGGACCGUUGCAACCAAAUAGCGAAGCAAUGGUUUCGAUAUUUCUCCGCAUCAUGGAGAUUAACCUCGGCAACUCCGGCACCACCUCGGACCCUAAUUAUACUUUCCGAGUUCUACUCUGUAUAGUUGGGCCACGGGCACUUGAGAAAUUGCAAACCCUCAAGAACUGGCGGAACUUUGAGGCUGCGGCCAGAAGUGUUUCAAUCCUUAAGCGAGAACUUGGUCAUGACCAUUUGACGCCACAAAAUGCGAAUAUUCUGCAAGUCGGCUCGUUCGAUCUUGUCCAAACCAUCAAACAAUGCCUUAUUCACUAUGUCCGCGAGCCGGGAAACUACUCUGUGCUGACCACUUGGGCAAAUAUUCGUUGGUGGUGGAGCAAAUUGUCCGGCCCGCAGACCUUUGAUGCGUUUUUGCAAGAGUUACAUCAAUGCCUGGUGCUGCACAAUCAUGUUGACGUAGAGGAGAGCAAGGUUUUUUUGGAUUUCUUAGUAUUCUUGGUGGUGGCUACAAGUGGAGUAAAGGAAGAGUCUUCGUCUACAGGUACGGGCAAUGAGAUCGACAUGGGCCACCGUGAAUCCGCUACAGUUUCUGACAAGUUUUCACUCACCAUCGAUAACCACUACUCGUCGAUAUUUAAUGAGGUUGCAGGGUUUGUGCCUGAGUCAGAGAAGCCGCCUAAAGACAAUUUGAUGGGCGAUUUCGAAAUGGACGACUUAUUCAACGAUGCUGGAGAUGAUCUUUUUGGAGAUAACGGCCUGCAUGCAUCCGCACCCUUCACCAAGAAACAGCAUAGCCUUCCAGCAGUUGACACUGUCUACAAAACUCUUAAAGGCGCAGACGGUAAAUACACGUGCAUUGAGCAGAUGCUCAUUGGCAGAGGAGGUGGCGGCAAGAAUCGGAUCACCGGUAUUGCCAAGUUGAAAUUAGCGCAAGAGCUCGAACAUGCACACAGGAGAUAA